UCACAGCGAGAGAAAUUGAGAGAUUUUGACUUCCCUCCUUCGACUUAUUUAUCAUCAGCGAUCUCUUUAACACCAAACUUCAACUCAACUCGCCUUGGAAACUCAACUCACAAGGUGAGCUGAGCACGAACGCGUCAAUUCACUUUAAAUCAAUCUUCACAUUUCAAUCUCUCAUCACAAUUUUCUUUUCUUUUAGUUAUUUUUCUUCUUCCACUUCACCUUUUCUUUUUUUCCUUCACAAAAUUCUCCGCCUGCUCCUCCUCUUCUGAGCCAUGGCUGAGGCUAUCUGUUUCACCUCUCUUUUUGUUUUGCUAAUGUUAUUGUGCUGCGCCACGUGUUCGUACGGGUUCGGUACUUUCGGCUUUAGCAUCCAUCACCGUUUCUCGGAUCCCGUUAAGGGAAUCAUGGCCGUUGAUGACUUACCGGAGAAAGGAAGUUUCUCUUACUACUCUGCUCUGGCCCACCGUGACCGCGUGUUUCAUGUUCGUGGCCGUGGACUUGCAACGGCAAGUGAUCAAACGCCGUUAACUUUUGAUUAUGGCAACGACACUUACCGACUCAAUUCCCUUGGAUUCUUAUAUUAUGCCAAUGUUUCGUUGGGUACGCCAGCUUUGUGGUAUUUGGUGGCGCUAGACACCGGCAGUGACCUGUUCUGGUUACCAUGUGAUUGUAGCAGUUGUGUCCGUGGCUUGAAUUCUACAUCUGGGGUAAUAAAAUUCAAUAUCUACAGCCCUAAUGCAUCAUCAACAAGUUCAAAGGUUACUUGUAACAGCUCCUUAUGUGAAACCCAAAGCCAAUGCACUUCAGCUACCAGUAAUUGUCCUUAUCAAGUUCGUUAUGUUUCUCAAGGCACUUCAUCAACUGGGUUCUUGGUUGAGGAUGUGCUGCACUUGAUCACAAAUGAUAAUAAACCUAAAGCUGUCAAUCCUCGGAUUACAUUUGGAUGCGGUCGUGUUCAAACUGGUUCGUUUUUGAGUGGUGCAGCUCCUAAUGGUCUAUUUGGGCUUGGUAUGGACAAGCAAUCAGUUCCUAGCAUCUUAGCAAGUGAGGGACUAAUACCAAAUUCCUUUUCCAUGUGCUUUGGGGCUGAUGGUCUUGGGAGAAUCAGCUUUGGAGACCAAGGUAGCUCAGGCCAAGGAGAAACACCAUUUUCUCUUAGUCAGUCACAUCCAACAUACAAUAUUACCAUCACUAAUAUUGUUGUUGGGGGUUCUGCCGCUGAUCUAGAAUUUACUGCAAUAUUUGAUUCUGGUACUUCCUUUACAUACUUAAAUGACCCAGCUUAUACACAAAUUUCUGAGAGUUUCAAUAACAUGGCUCAAGAAAAACGAUUUACUACUCAAACCUCUGAUCUCCCUUUUGACUAUUGUUAUGUCUUAAGCUCAGACCAAUCUAACUUCAAUUAUCCAACGGUAAAUUUAACAAUGAAAGGUGGUGACCCAUUUUACGCCAAUGAUCCAAUAGUACUCGUUUCCACCUCUGAUGGUAUCAAUCUGUAUUGUCUUGGUGUUGUCAAAAGUGAUGAUGUGAACAUUAUUGGACAAAACUUCAUGACUGGUUAUAAUGUAGUCUUCGAUCGAGAUAAGAACGUUUUGGGAUGGACACCCUCUAACUGUUACGAUGAAAGCACUACCUACAUUUUGCCAGUUAGCCCUCCUACAAAAUCUGCAGUUCCACCAGCUAUUGCUGUCAAUCCAGAAGCCAGAACUGGGAACAAUAGUAACUCGACAAUAUCGGGACCACCUGCUGGAAGUCAUUCAUCUAAGUUGCACCCUUUCACUUGUGCUAUUAUGAUGCUUCUUAUUUCCUUGUUAGUCACCGCCUGAUCUUUCUUUCCUUAUCCUGAGAAUUUCUUUUAACUCGGUAUCAUAUUGGUGUUGGUGGUAAUUUUUUCCUGGAAAAAUGACAUGCCCUCGGAAGCAUUAUUUCCUUCUCAUUUUUUCGGAGUUGGUGGCAUUAUUUAAAGACAUCGGGUUGUAAAUAUAUCGACAGUAUGAACAAAGAUCAGAGAGACUUUGCAUUUGGCAGGUUAUAUUUCCAUUUGUUAUAUUAUUAUAAUAUUAUUAUUUGUUUAA